GUUUUCAUCUGAAGUUACAGAUUUGUCAAACGUCAAUUCAAAUCUGGUCACACUGUUCAGCAAACUUCACAAUAAUUCACAUUUCAUUUCUCUAAUCUCUUCUUAUUUGACAGCGGGGAGGCUAACAUGUCGGCCCAUAAGACUUUUAUUAUUAAGAGAAAGCUUGCUAAAAAGCUAAAACAAAACCGACCUAUUCCACAAUGGGUGAGGAUGCGCACUGGAAAUACUAUUAGAUACAAUGCUAAGAGGCGUCACUGGAGGAGAACUAAGCUCAAGCUGUAAACACAUGUUUAUCCUUGUAUCUUAAGUCAAUAAAACUUUAAAACUAA